CCAUCGAGCCGGCGGUGGCUAGAGAGGCCGGCGGGCCCCGGGCGCCGCGGUGGUACGGCCACAGGGAGUGCGCGCUAGGCGGGCACCGCGCCGCUGGCCUCGUGGCCAUUUUAGGAGGAACCGCGGCUCGCUAGCCCCGGGCGCGGCUUCAAUUUCAAUAACUUUAUUGGUGGCUUCUCAGCGGAACAGCCAUCGCACCAUUGGCCUCGGGAGGAGGGAGAAUUUACAGGAGGUGGCCCCCGACUCCGAGCUGCAGCCAUGGGAAACACCGCCAGCGAGCGGGUGGCCGGGGAGCGCCACGGCGCCAAGGCUGCUCGCGCUGACGGCGCGGGCGGCCAUGCCCCGGGCAAGGAGCAUAAGAUCAUGGUGGGGAGCACCGACGACCCCAGCCUCUUCAGCCUGCCCGACUCCAAGCUCCCUGGGGACAAAGAGUUUGUAUCAUGGCAGCAGGAUUUGGAGGACUCCGUAAAACCCACACAGCAGGCUCGGCCCACUGUUAUCCGCUGGUCUGAAGGAGGCAAGGAGGUCUUCAUCUCUGGGUCCUUCAACAAUUGGAGCACCAAGAUUCCACUGAUUAAGAGCCAUAAUGACUUUGUUGCCAUCCUAGACCUUCCUGAGGGAGAGCAUCAGUAUAAGUUCUUUGUGGAUGGACAGUGGGUUCAUGAUCCAUCAGAGCCUGUGGUUACCAGUCAGCUUGGCACAAUUAACAAUUUGAUCCAUGUCAAGAAAUCUGAUUUUGAGGUGUUUGAUGCUUUAAAGCUAGAUUCAAUGGAAAGCUCAGAGACAUCUUGUCGAGACCUUUCCAGCUCACCCCCAGGGCCUUAUGGUCAAGAAAUGUAUGUGUUUCGAUCAGAGGAGAGAUUCAAAUCCCCACCCAUCCUGCCUCCCCACCUUCUCCAAGUUAUUCUUAACAAGGACACUAAUAUAUCUUGUGACCCAGCCUUGCUACCUGAGCCCAAUCAUGUUAUGCUGAACCAUCUCUAUGCAUUGUCCAUUAAGGAUAGUGUGAUGGUCCUUAGCGCAACUCACCGCUACAAGAAGAAGUAUGUCACUACUCUGCUGUACAAGCCCAUCUGAAGGCAUCCCUUCCUGCCUCCCAGGAUUCAGGAGAAGCAUCUUCCUUGCCUUUCUGGACUGGACCAGUCUUAUGUGGGACUGGAAAGCUGAUAUGCUUUGAGGCUAAUAUGUGUGUUUCAGUGCCUCUGAGUAGGAAUGCUCUGCUUUUGCGUUUGAUUGCAAAUGAGAGCUUUAUGAGUUCAUGGAAUUUAUUUUAAGAAAAAAAAAAUAUAUAUACAUAUGAAGGAAGGUUAAUGGAAGUCUCCUAGCUAGGUGUAUUCUCUCUGCCUGUGGGAACUCACCAAGACCUGUUUGGGAGAGCUACAGGAAGAACCAUGACAGGAAGCUUUUUUAAAAGAGAAUGAAGAGCAAACUCUCAGGAUCCUUUUUGGGUGGAGGUUCUAUCACUGCUACCUUGGUUGUCCAAGGGAUGAAUUUGUGCCAGACUGCUGCCCCACUUACAGCUGCCUCCUUGCAGGAGCAGCUUUUCUUGCAUGGGUUCUCUGUUUUCUCAGAGUGUGUGCCACAAUCUGUAUUUUUUAUGAUAACCGAUGCCCCACAAGAGCCCUGUUUCCUCCCAUUUCACAUUCUUGCUUUGUUUACCUCCUUCAGAUCCUAUGCCUGACCCUUCCCUAACACAAAACUCGGUAGGUGAAUGACCCCUUUCAAAUGCUGUGUGAGACCUAACCCACCUCAGAAACUAGGGCUGCUAGAAAGUCUCCUUUUUAAGCACAGCACAGCACCAUGAGACUUUGUUACCAGUUAUUUUGGCUUCUACUAAUGAAAAUAUGGCUCAGAAUUAUAUGAAAAUUAGAAUGCAGGUCUGCUUUCUUGUUUUGGUGCCACAGUUUAGGCUGUAUUGGCACAUUCCUAUACUUUUUCCCCCUGGCUCGGCCUUGCUUCCAUGUUUUCUUUCACAGAGCAGACAGCUUUGAAGGUGGAAGUGAAACCAGGGAAAACUUUCAUAUAUUUCAUCUUUGGAAGAUUUUUAUGUGCCUACAUUUUUCUUUUAUCAAAAAAUGCCUUUUUAUUGGUCUUAAGAGACUGCAUUGGAGAACUUCAGACUUUCAAUAGACAACUCCCAAUAAUUUCUUCUCUAGUCUAUCCCUCUACAAUCUUCGCAUUAAUGUGGCUGACUCUGUGUACUUCAUUAUGGUAGACACUGCUCUAGAUACAGACUAUUAGACUCAUUUCAUGCACCUAAAAGCUUCCCUCAACUUAAAGUUUCAUUAGAAGCAAGAAAGUACCUUGGUCGUUCCAGCCAUGAAAAGUAUCAUUUUCAUGCACUAAGUACUAAUAGAAUUGUUUUGUCCUUCUGUACCUUUUUCCAAAAAGUGUUUGAUGAAGUGAGGUCAAUGAUUUCAAUUUGCGGAAUAAAAAGUAGCUAUUCAGUCCACCCUUGGGGUUCGGAGAUUAAAACAUUUUCCCCCAAGUUUCUGUGGCUUUUCCAUUACAGGUAAAAGCAAACAUUCAAUACUGAAGGAGGCUAAACUUGAUGCUGAAGAGGCUCCCUGACUGCUAAGAUCUGCCCAGCCAUACUGAAAGGGCACUGACAGGUUAGUUAGCUACCUCCUGUCUUUUCCAUGUAAAGCUGAUGACACAGUUGUCUUUGGGUACAUAGACCUCUGAGAUCCUCUGUGUGAGGCAGUAGGGUGUGGGGCUGCUGUUUUGCUGGGAAGGCAGAUUGCUAACUGCUUUAGUGGUUAAUUGCUGAGAGUAAAUUACUUUAGCCACUCAAGGCCACCCUCUGCAGCAAAAGGCUUUUGUGGAAAACGUUUCCUGGUCUCAAUCACUUUUAGAAUGAUGUGUCGUUUUAAAAAUUCAGGCCAAAUUCUGUUAUAACCAACUCAGGAUCUGCAUUGUCUUCAGUUGUACUAGAAUUUUGCUUUUUCCAAAACCCAUUAAACAAGUGGGCCACUUAGGAUUUAAAACUUGGUUGUUACAUGAAGGAUUUUGUUUUACUUAUAUGUCUUAUCAGCCAUACUGAAAUGUAAUUGUGUUAAAAUUUCUAUUCUGCACAGAUAUAUCAGUGGAGUGGGGCAGGAAAAGAGACCCCUUCAGUUUCUCUCAGGCCAGAGGCAUCUAUAAACUGGAUCUGUCUCCAGUGACAGACAGUAGGUUUUGGUGCUGGUGACCUUCAGAUCUUUCUAAUCUGGAAAUGUGCAGAAAGUGUCAGUUUUCUAAAUUCUGAAGUAAUCUCUUAGUCGGAUGUGAAAGUGCCUACUAACUGGUAGGGAAAGGGAUGAAUAAGAGGAACUCGAUGAUGUCUCAUUCAGCCCUGUACCUUCUCUGUACUGCUGAUAACAUCCCAUGGCCUUGAGAAUUCCUAUUAUACUCUCAGUCUGUCCCCGAGAGACUGAUCCAGAAGGUAGAGAGGGAGGGAGGAAGGUACCCUAAAGUACAGCUCACUCAUUCUUUUAUAUUGAUUACAGGGAUAGUUUAUUUUCUGCAGAAGAAUCUGAUAGAUUUUGACAAUGAAUAAAGGCAAAAAAAAUUUUUUUUUAGAUUUAUUUGGUUUUGUUUUUUGUUUUUUUGUUUUUUUGCCUAUAAGAACUUCAUAGAGUCAGAGAGUAAAAACAGAACUCUUUGGGAGGGCUGACCCUUACAGAUUUGUAUCAUGGUUUAGGGGUGGUAGGAAAAGAAAGAGUAACUGAGCUGAGGAGGGAUACUAGGAAAAUUAAGGCUUAAGUAACUCAGAACUAAAAAUCUCCUUUUUAAAAUUAAAUCAGACAUAAUAUACCGGUAUCUUUGGAUCUCACUGUAUAUUAAAAAAAAAAAACUACCCUUUGUUUCUUGUUUCUAUUUUCUACCCUUUCUUCUGUAUUUUGCUUUAACUUCAUUUGUUAGGUGGACUUUACCAGAGUCUAAAGUCAAACAUUACCUAAAACAAAUAUUAGUCAUCUUGCUGGUAAUGAGAACUUCUAUGUCAUGGUUAUUAGCUUGCUUUAAGCUUAAGAGCUGAAUGGGAUUUAAUCACUGUAGGCAAAACCCAUGAAGGGCAUACCUGGCCUUGAUAAUGUUGGCUUUUUUUUUUUUAAACAAUGCUUAUAUGGUAGAGAAACCCUAUAAAAGAAGUAUUCAAGAGAAGUCUCUUGACAAGAUCCUAUAAACCCAGGCCCACUCACUUCACUCCAAUUAUUUCUAGACUCUUGUAGAUCUAAUGGAUCUGAAGUAAAACCUUUGAAAAAUGUUGGUACUCCAUGUAUGCUGCUAAACUGAAGUUAAGUUCAGAAAGGAGUGUUAUCUCUAGACGGCGCUUAUGUUAAUCUGGGUAUAAAUGAAGGAAGCAUUAAUGAUAGAAUCCCCUGCUUUUAAUUGGGGAAAUAGGGCUUUUAAAAUUUUGACCUCAACUAAAUAUGAUAUGCAAUAGUCUGUGUUUGUGUAUGUUUGAAAUACAUUCUAUUCUCAGAGAUUUCUAAAUCCUCAUAUUCUGGUGAUUUGAAGCAUAGGCUUAAGAGCAGAUACACAGUAGGUUCCUGCAUUAUUCAGACUCAUCUUUAAAGCCAAGCUCUUGCUGUCUUCUACUAGGAACUGCUGACUUCAGUUACCCAUGGUAUGGAGGACCUAAGAAGGAUAGGAGUGAGGUUCUUUUAACACUCUAGAUCUAGACAUUUCUCUCUCCUUAAGCACCAAUCACGAUUGGAGUUUGAAGGGCUGUGAUUCUUCAAUGAACCCAACCUUUUGGAGUAAAGAGGCUAAAUAACCCUUUUUAAAUUAUAAGGAAAAAGAAAAGGAGAAAAGAAAAACAAACAAAAACCUCUAAGAGUCUGUUAUUUAUGAAAGCCAAUUCCUAGCAAUGGAAUCCCUCUAGGAUUCAUAUUUGGGCUUUGUCUUGAUUUGCUUUACUCAGUUGUGCUAUAAAUUGAAUGUUUUGUUAGUUUCAACAUUGCUUGGAUUUGAAUUGUGUGUGGCACAGUGCUUUUGCGGUAAAAUUGGUGCAAAAUACUAAAUACUCUGGAUUUUGUAGUCAGGGUAAAUGGUGAAGGGAUACCUACCCUAAGUAUUAUAUUGUGUAUUGAUCAUCUUACUUCUUUUCUAUUCCUGUAUUCAGAACACUUACCCAGGUUGUGGUUUUAGGACAGCCAAAGCUCACUGAUGUUGAUUAGUCCUAAUCUCCACACUGGGCCCCAUAUGUGAGACUUGUUUGUAUUUAGGUAAACUGGAUAGUGUUGGUUGUUACUAUACUGAAGCAUUUUGAGUAAGUAUAGCUCUGUUAUAAAGGGGGGAUGAGACUAUAAUUUGAAGGGAAUUAAAUAUUUGAGUCCUCCUUUAAAUGGUGCUUUCUGUAACCUUAGUACUGAGAUACAGAGCUGCUUUCCAGUAUUUCACAAAGGAGUGGAUAAGAAUGGAUUUUAAAGCUUUUCCCCAAGUGUAAUUUGUCACUGGACUCUGACAUGUCUGAAAAAUAUGUGAUGUAACACAUAGAAAUGUGAGUUUUCCAUAAAACUGUUGAAUAAAAGUAAUAUAUAGCAAUAAUA